GCCCGCCGAUGGCUCCAGCUCCAUUCUCCUCGCAGCACAAGAACCUCCGCAGCGGCCGAGCGGAGCGGGGCGCGGCGCUAGGCAUGCGUAUACGGCACCGCACGGCCUCAUUCAACGGCCGCACCCCGACGCCGGAGCACCGCCCGCUGCGGAGGCCCGAGACUCAGCCCGAGCUGCUCCCGCGCGGAGUGGAGAAGUCGCCGGCGGAGGAGCGGAGGGUGCCGGAGAAGCUUCUGGUAAACGUGACGGUGCAGCGCAGCCUGGGGCCCGUGCAGGUGGUGGCGCCCACCGACUGGACCGUCGGCGAUCUGGUGGCCGCGGCGCUGCGGCGCUACGUGGAGGAGGGCAGGCGGCCGCCGGUGCCCGCGGACGUCCCCUCCUCCGCCUUCACCCUCCAUUACUCCCAGUUCAGCCUCGAACGCUUGAAUUCCCAAGAAAAGCUUAUCAAUUUGGGAUCGAGAAGCUUCUUCCUCUGCCUCAGGCCUGCCCUUGUUUCAGAAAGAAUCGAAGCAUCCGCAGUAGCUGAAGCUUCUCCGUCGACGUCGACUGCUUCUUGCUCGAAACAAACCUAACCGAAGCAUCUCAUGGUUAAGUUUCCUGAAUUACGCGCUAGAAAGAAUAAAAUAAACACAUAUUUGCUGCUGAACGAGGCAACUACUGGUGCAUAAUUCAUUUAAUAUUUUAUCACCAAUCAAUCUUCUUCAGGUUAUCCAGAAAUCUUUGCUAUCUAUCAGAAUUCCAUCUAUGUUUUCCUUGUAUCAUCUGGUUAAUCUGUCUCUCACUAGGCAUAUAGAUGGAAUUCUCUAUUUCUCUUCUCUAUUUCUCUGUCAAAAGACCAAUGCCUUUCCAUUAGACGUCAACUUUUGCUUGGACC